AUGUGCAUAAAACGCUACGAUCAAUGCACCAAGUGCAACCUCUCCUUCAACCAAAAGACCAAGCCGUGCGACCGGUACACGGCGCAGAACCAAGGCUGGCUGGCCCAGUGCCUGGGCAUCCGCCGGGCGUGCAACCGCGUCAUCUGCACCAAGCCACUCAACAUCGAGUGGUACUGCCCCCGAUGCCGGGGCCCCAUCACCGCCCCGAUGCAGCCUCACCAGAUGAUGAGCUACCGCGGCCCGACGUGGCAGGACCCCCCUCCGCUGACGUUGCAGCAGAUGCAGCUUCUGCAGCAGCAGGCGCAACAGAACAAAGGUAAGAAAUCAUCCCACCCCGGCCAGCAGCGGGCCGCCACCGACCCCAUCCUCCCCCUGGCCGCUGUCAAGCAGCCCGACAGCGAACGGAACCUGAUGCGCAGCAACGCCAUCCGCAGACACCGCACCACGUCCGAGGCCUCGGCCCUGCAGCGGCCCGACCAGGCCUGGGUGGCCAGCGAGGAGCGCACCAGGCGCCUCCGACGUGAGGACCGCAGCGUGGCCCCGCGCAGCCGAGGACCCGAGGGCCGCAGCAGCAGCAAGAAGAAGCGCAAGGGCGAGCCGGAGGUGAAGGUGCCGCUGUACAUUCCCCCGGCGGGCGACCCGACCAACCCAAACCUCGCCUGGGCCAAGUACGUCGUCGAGAGUAAGAGCAAGUCAACAAAGGUCGCCUCAGGCUCGUCUUCGUCCUCAAAGGCGUCCCGGUGCGAUGGCGAGCGUCCCAACAGCUCCCACCCCGGCCCGCCUGCGGGCUUCACCUACGAAAAGUGGCAGACCGAAGACCCUCCCCGGAGAAAACCUAGCACCAAGGCUGCCGCCCCCUCGGCGUCCUACACCUCCCUGCCUCGUGCAAAGAAGUCUCACCCUCCUGUGACGCAGCUUAAAAGCCGUCCACGCGCGGCGUCGGCUGGAGCCACGAUGCGUGGGCUUAUCUCGCCCAUGUUCAGGAGGGCUGCGAGCCCAGAUUGGGUUUGUGCCGAUGCCAAGCUUAUCGAGAAAGGUAACAAGAAGUGA